AAAAAUAGUGAUAGUUGGGCUUAUUGCAGGAACCACCACACGCGCUGCACGCUGUCUGUGUGGUGCGUAUUGCAUUGGCUCUCUCUCUCUCUCUCUCUCUCUUUCUGAUUAUGGCGGCAGUAACAGUUACAGGCACGGCACUGCCGAAGACACCAUCGGCGUCUUCAAUCAGGAGUUCCAGUGGUGAAAGGUUUUCGGUUCUGAUAUUUUGGAAGAACAAGAGAAGAAUCUCAUUGACCUGUUCUGCAUCCAACAACACAAGCUCUUCUUCAUCUUCUGGAUUGUACUCUGCUCAGAAAUAUGAACUGACGGCAGCAAACGUGGACAUGGUUCUAGAGGACGUUCGGCCUUACCUGAUUUCUGACGGCGGCAACGUGGAAGUGGUUUCUGUGGAAGACGGCGUCAUAUCUCUCAGACUCCAAGGAGCAUGCGAGUCUUGUCCCAGCUCAACCACCACCAUGAAGAUGGGAAUCGAACGCGUCCUCAAAGAAAAAUUCGGAGACUCCGUCAAAGAAAUUCAGCAAGUAUACGAUGCUGAACCCAAGGAAACCACCAUUGAGGCGGUGAAUAAUCAUCUUGAGAUAUUGAGACCUGCCAUUAAGAACUACGGAGGAAGCGUGGAAGUGGUUUCCAUUGAAGGCGGUGAGUGCGUUGUGAAGUAUAUUGGACCUGACUCCAUUGCUUCUGGCAUCAAAGCUGCCAUCAAGGAGAGGUUCCCUGACAUUCUCAAUGUCACCUUCCAAGCCUGGGAUUCCCAUCAGUAAGGAAUGAGGAUUUAUCCAUUCACUUCACUGUGCCAAUCAUCAUACUACAUAUACGUUGUAUCAUUAUAUUCUUGGUUUAUGUGCUACAUGUAGUCAUGUACUGCUUGAAUUUUUUUAUAUAUGUCUUUUUUUUUCCUUCAUAGUUCUACUAUUGACACUAAAAAUGUUCUUUCCUCUUGCAUUAAGUUUGGUAUCUAUAGCAUUGUAAACUUCCCUUGA